AUGGUGGGCCCGUCAGAGGUGGACGUGCCUGCACUACAACAGAUGGCCCGUUUUCUAAACGAGCCAUCUGAGCAGUUUACGCUGAAUCCAGUGUUGAGUGUAGCAGCGCUCAUUCACUGGAGGGCGUUGCUUCACGCGGUGACUUUGUUGUCCCUUGAGGACCGCCGUUGGUUUAUGGGAUGGUCGGCUACGGGGGUGGAUAUUCCUCGGAAUAAGUAUAUCCCGGCGGGGGAAGAGACUUCUCAAGAUGACGCCCCGGGAAAGUUAGUGAUAACGGGGAGUGGGGAGUCGUUGCCAGCGGAGGACAAGGGUCGGAUGGUUUCAGGGGGAGCAGAGCCCGGUGAGAGCUGGACUGCUUCGCCUGUGCCAUCAGUAGUGGGGAGGGAUACUCUCCAAGGGGUGGAUGCCCAUUUUCACCCGAAGUCUUUUGCCCGGGUCAUGAAACUGGGCACAGCUCCUAGUUUGGAGCAAGUGGUACAGUACCACUACCCACACCGUAUUCCAUGCCCAGCUAUUGAUGUGAUAGGUGGGAUGUCCGUGCAUAUCGAGCCGGGUCACUUUCCACCUAUGGUGGAAUGUUACCCGGCCUGGAAGGUGGUAGUAGGGAUUCAUCCCCGGUUCGCCACCAUGGUCCAAGACGCAGAGAGGGGAUGGGUGGAGAAGAUGGCCACUAAGAAUGGGGUGACCAUCUUCGUUGGUUUAGAUUUUUCUACCGACGUGGGGACGUGGAGGGCCCAGGAGUUGUUGAUGAAAGCACUCCUGGAGGCCAGCAAGCCGUCCACGCCUGUAGUGACGAGUUUUGUAGGAGGGAGUUGGGAGUCGUGGCCCUCUAGCGGCCGGUCUCCUUCUCCUCCAGGAGAGGUGCCCCCGUUCCCAAAAAAUACACUUAACCUCCUUCGACGGGGGGUGCCAGGCGGUUAA